GUGUCCAACGGAAAUCCACGGUUUCCGAACACAUCACAGGUGUGCCAUCCCCGUUCCCGCAUUCCGCACCAUUCCCCCAGCCCGAUUCUCAGUGCUGCAAGCGCAAAGACAGUGGAUGCUGUUUGUAUCCUGCAUACCGCAACACACCUCUCUCCGGUAACGUGCGACGCAUUCGAGAACGGAACUGUGUUCAGACCGCCUAUCACUCUUGUCCGAUUUGUCAAAAAUCGUUUCCGGUCCAAGCUGGCCUGAAACAACAUAUGCACGUGCACUCCACUUUCAAGCCGUACGUCUGUGAGCAUUGCAACAGAGCGUACACUCAGUACAGCAAUCUGUGUCGCCACACGCGACUCCAACCCGAGUGUCGACGUCACAUCCGACCAUCUAAACGUUCAGUGGUCAUGACUGAGCAAUGUUCAGUCGGGUCAUCGAUAGACAACCUCCGAGUGGCCGAUAUUCGAAUGGAUUCCCCCGAGUUCAGUAGGAACGGGUCCAUUGAAGCUCUGGAUCUCAGCCUCCCCAAGCCCAUUACAAUAAACGGCAUCAGUCAGCAACCUUCCGUUCAAGAGUCAACACACUCAUGCCCGCAAGGGAGUGUAUCAGCGCAUGUGAUACCGUUCUCUCAGACCGCCGAAUCUAUCAACUCUCAGGCAGCCUCACGUAUGCCGUGGAUCUUCAGCGCAGCCCUCGCUUCUCUAACAGCGAGGAGUCUAUUCUUUUCAGACGACCUUCUGAGCAGUAAGAUGUGUGUGAGUCUUGACUGUCUUUCGAGGAAAGUGCCAGUUCCCAUGAUCCAAACGUCCGCCCUGUUUCAGCGGGCACACGAUCUAAUGCUGAAGAACAAUGAAAUGAAGCAUUCUUCACCUGGAUCCAGUCCAAUCAUUCCUUCAAGAAAGCACAUUUCUGUGCUUACCCACACCUCAAUCAAACCAGAGCCCAAGCUUUUCAGUCAACCGAAGUUCCACUAUAACUGCGCUGAGGGACCGUCCGAAGAAACCAGCUGGAAUAGUCUGUGGAGAACUGACGGGACUCCUAACAUCGGGAAGGUGUUGGAGGCAGGUCAACUCAUGGACACCAUUCUCUCAGUUGUCAAACGGGUAAACAGUACAGUUUUCAGCCAAGGACAACCACAGGCAAAGUGCCUGCCCAAUUUUGUGCCUUCCUGUUCGCCGAAUAGUUCGACCAACUUGGACAAUCAGGAGACACUGGAUGUCAAAUUACCAUCAAACUCACACAGCCUACUCAGUGUCAUUACAAAAGAAAGUGGCCAUUUCUCUCAGUUGAACAUUCCGAAUGAUAUUGACAGGAUAAAUGAAAAAAUUUCGCCCCCGAAUCAGUCCCACUCAAUGGAGUUUUCGUCGCCAAGUUUACCGGAGCCAACAGAUCCGCGACACAGCGGCUAUCGACAAUUGAUCAAUAAGUCACGUGAGCGCACACGGUAUGCAAGCCAAUCAAAUCAUUGCCGCUAUCAGUGUCCCUAUUGCGUGAAAUCCUUCCCUCGUUCGGCCAAUUUGAAUCGCCACCUACGCACACACACGGGGGAACAGCCGUACCAGUGCGAGUAUUGCAAACGUGGAUUCAGCAUUUCCUCUAAUAUGCAACGUCACGUGCGCAACAUACAUCAGCGCGAAAGACCGUUCGUCUGUGUUGUCUGUUCUCGCGCUUUUGCCCAACGUACAAAUUUAGACAGACAUAUGCGUCAUCAUUGUGCACCACGCAUGAAACCCACAGAGAGCAGCCCGAUUUCCUUAACUCCGAUUCGACCCCUUU